AUGGCAUUAGAGAAAUCACCAUACCAAGAUCCACGUACGUUUAAGAUGACACCGGCAAUGAUUAGAGCCCGUAAGCCUUUUUUUGUAAGGAAUAUGAUCGGUCUUGCUGCUUUACUGGGUGUCACCGGUGGUGUAUAUGUUUACACAUACAAGUUCUUACACAAGGAUAAUGAUUUCGCAGACGUUCCAAUCCCACCUAUCGACGAGAAAGAACUGGCUCAAUUGAAAAAAGAAUACGAGGAACAUAAGAAACAAAGAGAUGCCAAAUAA